CACAUGGGAUUCUUUGCCCAUGGCUUCUUGGAUUGUUAUCCCCAGUUUUGGAUCUAGGUUUUCGCCCGCUUGCGGAAGAUUCUUUGAUUAGAACUCGUUGAUUUGGUCUCCGUAAUCUUCCAUCCGAGUGCUAUAAAGAUGCUCUUUGUCUGCUUUUUUUUAGCUUCUUUUUUCUCACUCCAAGAAGCUGUUUAGUUGAUUUUCAGGUGAUGUGCUUGCGAAUUUUGGAGACUCGGAUUUUGUUCUCGUGAAUGGAGAUCAUAGAAGGAGGACAAGAAGAGAAGAAUGAAUGAAAGGACAGGAAGCAGAUUAAGUGAUAAGAAAUUGGAGUUGGAUUUUAGUGAUAGAGUGCUCAUCUGCUCUUCUUGAUGGUUUGCGAAUCUAGAGGUUUUGCCUAUUUUGGCUGCGGAUUUUGGGGGUUUUGCCUCUGGCCUGGGAAACACCGACGUUUGUUGCUUUGACACUUUAAACCCUAAAUUCCAAUUCUCUGUCCUUGUGUGGGAGAAAAGAAAUCGUUCCUUACAUUUUCCUCUUUCCUGAGAUUACUUAAAGCUUGUUAAAGCUUCAGGAAUUUCAGUCUCUCAUCUUACAAUAGAUAAGCUUCCUUAAAUUUGAUGUUCUUCUGAUGAUAUGAGCGUAAGGAAGUUGUGAGGUGUUGAGGUCUCAGUAUUUGAGAAGAGGUUUGCAAAUUUCUUUCAAGAUGAAGUAUAUGAAGCUUGGAUCGAAGCCUGACGCCUUUCGGUCUGAUGGGCACAAUAUCAGGUUUGUAGCUACAGAAUUGGCAACAGACAUCAUUGUUAAUGUGAGCGGCGUGAAGUUUUAUCUUCAUAAGUUUCCCCUUUUGUCUAAGAGUCCCCGCCUCCACCGCUUGGUUGUCGCCACAAGUGAGGAAAGCAGCGAUGAGAUUGAAAUUCCCGACAUCCCCGGUGGCCCUGCUGCCUUUGAGAUUUGUGCGAAAUUUUGCUACGGCAUGAUUGUCACCCUCAACGCAUAUAAUGUUGUUGCUGCUCGCUGCGCUGCAGAAUAUCUUGAAAUGCACGAAACCGUCGAGAAAGGGAAUCUCAUCUAUAAGAUUGAUGUGUUUCUCAACUCUAGCAUACUUCGUAGCUGGAAAGACUCGAUCAUCAUGCUCCAAACUUCAAAGUCCUUUCAACCUUGGUCGGAAGACCUCAAGGUAACCAGCCACUGCAUAGACUCAAUAGCUUCCAAGGCUUCUAUUGAUCCUUCAAACGUAGAGUGGUCAUAUACAUAUAAUAGAAAGAAAAUAUUGCUGGAAAAUGGUAUAGAUUCGCAAUGGAAUGGUGUAAUGAAGCAACAAUAUGUGCCUAAAGACUGGUGGGUUGAGGAUCUCUGUGAACUUCAAAUGGACUGCUAUAAGCAGGUUAUAAUGGCCAUAAAAUUCAAGGGGAGAGUAUCUGCUGAAGUCAUUGGGGAAGCUUUAAAAACUUAUGCUUACAGAAGAUUACCGGACUUCAGCAAAACAAUUAUAUCAGAUGGAGAAGAUCUUGCAAAGUGCCGCACUUCACUGGAAACCAUUCUGUGGUUACUUCCUACUAAGAGAGGUUCGGUAUCGUGCAGUUUUUUACUAAAACUACUGAAUGCAGCAUGCUUUCUGGGUUGCAGUGAAAAUUGUAAGAAAGAAUUGAUCAAGAGAACGGGACAUCAGUUGGAGGAUGCAUCAGUAGUUGAUUUAUUGAUUCCUGCUCCAGAAGGAGGAAGCACUUUAUAUGACAUUGAUCUGGUUCUUAAUGUGGUGGAAGAGUUUGUAAUGUAUGAACAUAGUUGUGUUCGAAGUAGCCUUCAGAUGUCAGGAGAUAUUCAGGAAGAUAGGAGUUCAGGUUCAGUUUCGGGCAACUCAAUGUUGAGUGUUGCAAAAUUGAUUGAUGGAUACCUUGCUGAAGUUGCCAAAGAUCCCAAUCUUUUGUUUUCAAAGUUUGUCGAAAUAGCUGGGAAGACUAUGGAUUUCUCGAGACCAGUUCAUGAUGGGCUUUAUCGUGCUAUUGAUAUGUUCCUAAAGGAGCACCCCGACCUCACAAAGAUUGAAAAGAAGAAAAUAUGCAAUCUCAUGGAUUGCAGGAAACUAUCACCAGAAGCAUGCAUGCACGCCGUGCAGAACGACCGGCUUCCCCUUCGAGUAGUCGUACAGGUUCUAUUUUUCGAGCAAGUGAGACAUUCCACUUUAGCUAGUGGCAUCCAGCCACUUGUACCUCAAGCAAUAGAAUUUCGAGAAAACGGUGCUGCUUCCAACGGCACCUCCAGAUCUGCUGCAACAAUGGCAAACACCGGGGAUGAAUGGGAUGGAGUCCCCACUGCCGGUGACAUCAACUCUCUUAAUGCCAUGAAGCUGGUUGGUCGACGAGCUACAGGAAGCGAAAAGAGCAGCAGCAGUGGAGAUGCAAGCAAGAAUUGCGACGAUAAAGUUGAUAAAGCUGCCGGAAAAGUGAAGUCUGUUCUCAUGCCUAACAGAAUGCUGAGCAAGUUGUGGUCCGGGAAGGUGCACGGCGGCGAGAACAGCAGCUCCGACACAUCCGACGGCCAUGGGUCAAUUAACCCUGAAGAAGUCAAGUCCACCGCAUCAAGGAACAUCAGAUAUUCAGUUACUUAAAAGCUGGAGUAGGUUUUGUUACAGAGAUUCAUGAAUUAUAAGUAGUUUUGGCAGAAUCGGCUGAACUGAUGAAAUCUAUCAGAUCGCUGCUGUGUAUUGUUGUGUAUUGCGGUUCGUUACUGUGUACAGAAUCUGUAAUGUAAUAUUUUGUUCAUUGUAAUACACAACAAUACAUAGAAAUGUUCGGGGGCAAAAGGCAAAAAUAGCUCUGUUGUGUUUUGGGCGCUGGCGGCAAUGUUUCUCAUGCAAGACCAGCUCUGAGAUUGUUGGGGACCUGUAGAUAUUUUAUGGGUUUACAGUUCACAAUGGGAGAAAAUUUUUGCUGUAACAUGGAUUUGAUGAAGAAAAAUGCGUUUGGA